AGCCUACUACAAAAUUCGGUCCGCCGUUGCCUGUUUCACAGAGUAUGCUAACUUCUAAUUUUGAGGGCGAGAUUGGUAGUGAGAUCGGUAGUGCGUGGCUUCGAGUUGAGGAUCAGUGCAUCUUCCUGUUCAUCACCAUUGGGCGAGCAUCCAGUGUGAUCGUCGUUCCUGACAUUGGAGCACUUGGCUUGAUUCAAGAGUUGGUUGAGUGAGAGAAGAGGUGGUGGUGUUCUUUUUGUUCACUUGAGGCUAAACGAUGUCAACGAUGGAGUCACAAAAGAACGUGGACGCUGUCAACCUCGCAAAGCAGAAUUUGGAAGCGCAGGCGAAAGAGACGCAGGAUAAAAUAGGUGGGCCGGAGAACAGCUCUGUUGUCUCUGCGCAAGUGGUUAUUCCCUCUGACGUUGGGAAGAAGGCUGAGGAGAGAAUUGCAAGUUUAGAAUCUGAAAACGAGAAGCUCAAGAAGUCCCUGAAGGACUGCGAGGAGGCACUUGCCAUGGCCAACGGUGAGACUGAGAAGUCUAACAAAGUUUCUCGCGAGGCAAAGAACAGGAUAUCUGAGCUGGAUGCUCGUGUUAAAGAUCUAGAGGGAGAGGUUCAAGCUGCUGGUGCUAAGGCCGCAGAGCUGGAGCUUCAAUUGAAGAAGGCAAGUGAAUUGCAUGCUGAGGCUGAGAAAAAGAUGAAAGAAUAUCAAGACAAGCUUGCGCAGAUUGAGCAAACGAACACGAAAUUUGAGAAGGAUUUGGAGGGCGUGCACACAGGUUUGCAAGAAAGGGAGAUGAAAUUAGAGGACAUGAGCCAGAAUCUGGUUGAUAAGGAUGGUCUCCUCGAGAAGAAGGAAGCUAAGAUCGCCGACCUUUCUGAAAAGCUUGAUCACUUUAAAUCACGAGCAAUUCCAGCUGAGGAGAAGUCAUCAGAGCUUGGCUCUGCCAAGAACGACCUUGAAUCAAAGGUUGACAGUGCAGAGUCGAAGCUUUCGCACGUUGGUGAGGCUAAGGAGAAAGCAGAGGCCUCUGCUGACGAGUACAAGGAGGAGCUCAAGAAAUCCGUGGAACGCUCGAACAUGUUGGCUGAUGCACUCGCCAACGAGAAGGAGAAGACUGGUGCCCUUCGGUCCGAGAUCGAAGAGUUGAAGAAAAAGUAUGACGCCAAUGCAGGUCAUGCUCGUGUAUUGGCUGAACGUAUUGCCGAGUUGGAGAAGAUCAUAAAUGUCACUGAGAAAGAAGUUGGUGAGGUGGAGGCUGAUAAGAAAGGAUUGGAAUCUGAGAUGAUGAAUGAAGCGGAUAAGAAGGAAGCUGCAAGUAAGGAGGCUACGGAACUUGAGAGAGAGAAAGGAGGGAUGGUGGACACCAUCGAUGGCUUGAAGAGCAAAAUGAAGGGAGCAGUUUCGGAAGCUGAGGAGAAAGAAGCAGAGGCAAAGGACAAGGAGGCUGAGGCGGCCAAGAAAAAACAUGAGCUCGACAUUGUUGAGGCAAAUGUUGAGUCGGAGGCUGAGAAGGUAAAGGAAAAGGAUCAAGCAGAAAAGUGCUUAGCCACCGAAUUGGAUUCCGCUAAGUCCAAGGCCGCUGCUGGCGAGGAUGCAACUGCCAAGCUCCAGGAGGAGGAGGCUGCUCUGUCCGCUAAGGACGAGGACUUGAAGCAUCAUGCUGAUCGUCUCACUGAAUUGAGCGAAAAAUUGAAGAACUUGCGUCUGGAGCGUGACGAGGCAGUUCAGAAGGCCGAGGGUGCCGAUGACAGGGCGAGCGCCUUGCAGAGCAGGAUAUCGGAGUUGGAAGAGGAAGUUGAAUCUCUGCGCACAAAGAACGCUGAGCUCGAGGAUCAGCUCCAAAAAGUCGAUGUCCAGGUUGAGGAACACAAGUCUGCCAUCCAGGGCCGCCAGGAAGAAGCCAUCGGUAAAGCAGAGAAAGCAGCUCAUUUGCAACAAGAAGUGAAGGAGACCGAGCAGGACAUCAAAAGCGAUGACAAGGAGUUUGUGAAAGAUGUGGACGUGACGACCACCACCAGCACAGACGCUUAAAUGUCUCAAAUCAUUACAUCAUUUCAAUCGUUUCCAAUACUUUCAGAGCUCGACAUCGUCAUAAGAACUUUCGUCAGUUCUCGGACGAUGUCUAUGUCGAUACAGCGACACUGCAGCAACGGAACGGCACCAGUGUUUUUGCAUAUUCAUUAGUGUACCUCUAUUUUAUACAUAUAUUUCUGUUGCUGUGUAAAUAUGUAUGUACUGAUCUUCUCUCAUCUGCAACUUAGCGGAAUAGGUCAUGAGUCUGUUCUAGUUUUUCAGCUAUUAGAGAAUGUAGUUGCCGAAUUGAGUUCAUCAUAUAAUUGUACACUAGGGAUGUCCAUGCAUCAGGAAGUAAUUAAGUUUUUCCGUAAACUGAAUCACUGAUGUUAUCACAAAACUUGGUUGAUUAGAUUCUCAUGAUGUCGAUGAA